GACGCGACGCCGAUAAAGCGUUAAAAUUAAAAUGCUAUUUGUUGUUAUUUAAAAAUAUUGUAAUGACGCAUAAAUCCUGAUUAGUUAAUUUAUUUUAUACAUGAAAGGCAACUAUGGCAGACCUCUCUGAAGUCGAAAGUUCAGGACGAUUCUCGAGGCCAUCGCUAGCGCAAGUUAAGGCAGUAAUAGACUUUAUGCAGAAGCACCCUGGACUAGCUAACAGAAAGUUUCGAUAUGGUAUGAAUCACGAAAAAUUUAAGAAACUAUGGUUCGAACUAUCCAGUAUGGCAAAUUCACUUAAUGGAGCUGUAAAAUCCACUAAAGGUUGGAUAAAAUUUUGGUCAGAUAAGAGGCGAAGUAUAAGGCUAAAACAAAAGCAAAUAGAUGAAGGAAAACUUGAUGAUAGGCUAACGGCAUUAGAAAAGAAAAUACUAGAAUUAUCAGUAGCAGAGAAUCCAGUAUCAACUAAGAAAAAGAAAGGUGUAAAGCAAGAACCAGUAAAUGGAGAAGAUGAUGAAGAUUCCAACGAUGACACCUUCCUGAAAGAGAUAGAGGAAAUGGACUUCCCCGGAGAAACAAGCAAGCUGCUGGUCACAGAAGCUGAUGAGAGGCAAAUGUCUAUUAUGGAGAAACUGGUGGAAGUAAUGGACCAACAAGCGGUAGCCAUGAACCAACUUGCGCAAGCGUCCCUCAGCAACUCCAAGGCUAUGGAGCGGCUAGCAGAGGCAUCACACAUACAAGCCCUAGCAGUAGACCGUCUUGCGAACUCGUUCGACAGCAUCAGUGCGUCCGCGCACGACGUGCGUAACGCCAUCAUGAGCAUAGACUACACCAUGAAGAGGUGCUACACUGCCACAACGACGCAGCACAGGCAAAACUCCAAUAUUUUUAGUUAACUGACAUGUAGUUCCUGUCUUUGGUAGUGUAUUUGUGCAAUUUAAGUGAGUUAUCUUAGACGAAACAAUAGUAAGACGUGUCAACAAAGUAUUACUGACGUAAAUUUGUCGGCUGAGGUAGAUGCCGCCAAUAUUUUAUCGUAACUGGAUCGACCAACGUAUAAAAAUCCAAUACAACUCCAUCUACCACAGCCGUCAAAUUUGCGGCUACAAUAUUUGGCACUGCUUUACGCGUCUUAGUAUUCCAUGUUUAUGGUAAAAAGCAGUUCAUUGCUAGACAUGGCUCGUUCUGCGCGCCUUGGAGAUCGGUUCUCUGACUUGCGGGAAAUUCUAGGUUGACUCAGGAUCGAAUACCGGUAUUUUUUUCACACAAAUUUUCCGGUGUCUCGGUUGUUAAGGUAACACAUUGUCCUUCCCUAAAUACGUAUUUUAAAAUGUUAAAGAAAUACCUUUGUUAUAUCGGUAAUGAUCCCUGGGUUCAAUAGUUUCUAACCUUACGCGCUAAUAAUCAGUACCCGCUCUGACGGCUCUCACUACGUCUAUGUCCAACAGUGGACUGCUGUCUGAUGAUAGUGAUGAUGAAUUUUAACGAGUUUAGCGCUGAUACUUUAUUUUUUGACUUUUAACCAAUGUAAGUAUUUACGUACGUAUUUAUUAAUUGCCAAUUUAGUAUUAGUAAAGAAAGUGGGUGUUACAUUACAUUAUUUGUUUUACUUCAAAGUAAAACUUAUUGUCAUUAUGUGGUUAUAAUACUAAAGAUAGUUCAUUUAUCAUUCCGUGAAAGCCGCCAACAUAUAUAGUCAAAUGAAUGUGCGUGCCAUAUUGGUUUUAGUAGGUACUUUGAAGUAAAAAAAAAUCGUCUAGAUAAACGCGCAAACCUACUAUGAUUGUGAUUGCCUAGAAGUAGGAUCAUUAUUUUAAGCCCAAUGGAUUAUGUUUACACUAAUAUACUUUA